AAAACGCACAACGCUUGUGAUUGCCCGCUCGUCGUGUACUCAUGUGUGUGUGCGCGUGCAUGUGCGUCUCUUCUUUUUCGAUGCAGAAGUGAACGCGUGCCGUCUGCCGGCGAGAGAACGGAUAGCAGACGACGGCGAUUGCGGCGCUUGCAAAAAGUGGAGCUUCGUUUGGCGUGCGCCAUGUUCACGGUGUUGUAGGGUAGUGCGGCCUUUCAAUAAUAAUUGGAACUGACCCGCAUUGACGACGUCUCUUCGUUGUGUGUGAUUGUGAGGCACCGAGAUGAACGGCGAACCGCCGGAUAUGAUGUCGUCCAAGGCCCGGCUGGAGUUCCCGGCCUUCAAGGACCGGACACGGCGACGAAUGUCCCUGCCCGUGGGACGGUACCUGGACAACCGACGAUCCAGCGCCGUCUCCACCUGCUCGUCAUCUUCCUAUACAGACACCAGCUCUGACGAUGAAGGUGUUUCGCCACGGGAGAAAGUGCAAAAGAACUCUAAAGGAUUCACCGACUUCUGCGUCAAGAAUAUCAGCCAGGCAGCUUUCGGUCGUCGGGAGAUCGAAAUCGCAGAGCAGGAAAUGCCGGGAAUCAUGGCGCUCCGCAAACGUGCGGAGCAGGACAAACCGCUGCAGGGCGCCAAAAUCGUCGGCUGCACGCACAUCAACGCACAAACUGCCGUGCUGAUCGAGACUCUCGUCAGCCUUGGAGCCAGCGUCAGGUGGGCACCGUGCAAUAUCUACUCCACCCAGAAUGAAGUUGCAGCUGCUCUUGCUGAAGUUGACAUAUCUGUUUUUGCCUGGAAGGGGGAGACUGAGGACGACUUCUGGUGGUGCAUAGACAGAUGUGUCCAUGCAGACAAUUGGCAGCCAAACAUGAUCCUGGAUGACGGUGGUGAUGCCACUCACCUGAUGCUGAAGAAAUAUCCUGCCAUGUUCAAAAUGAUCAAGGGUAUCGUUGAGGAAAGUGUGACUGGUGUACACCGUCUCUACCAACUGUCCAAGUCCGGCAAGCUCACCGUUCCGGCCAUGAAUGUCAACGACUCCGUCACCAAGACAAAGUUCGACAACUUGUACAGCUGCCGAGAAUCCAUCCUGGACGCGCUCAAAAGAUCGACAGACGUCAUGUUUGGCGGCAAGCAAGUCCUCGUAAGCGGGUACGGAGAAGUGGGCAAGGGAUGCUGCUCCGCCCUCAAGGGCAUGGGAGCGAUCGUGUACGUCACUGAAAUUGAUCCCAUCUGUGCCUUGCAGGCCUGCAUGGACGGCUUUCGCGUCGUCAAAAUCAACGAAGUUGUUCGCAACAUCGACAUUCUUAUCACUGCCACUGGAAAUAAGAACGUAGUACUGCGAGAGCACAUGGACAAGAUGAAAAAUAGUUGUAUCGUGUGCAACAUGGGCCACUCCAAUACAGAGAUUGAUGUGCAAAGCCUUCGUACCCCCGAACUGACCUGGGAGAGGGUGCGUUCCCAAGUAGACCACAUAAUCUGGCCAGAUGGAAAGCGAAUUGUUCUGCUUGCUGAAGGGCGUUUAGUAAACUUGAGCUGCUCCAGUAUUCCUUCUUUCGUGGUGUCGAUCACUGCAGCAACUCAAGCUUUGGCUCUAAUUGAGCUCUACAACGCCCCUCCUGGUCGUUACAAGAGCGACGUGUAUCUGCUGCCAAAAAAGAUGGACGAAUAUGUUGCCAGCUUGCACCUGCCGACCUUCGACGCUCACCUGACUGAACUGACUGACGAACAGGCAAAGUAUAUGGGCUUGAACAAAGCAGGGCCCUUUAAGCCAAACUACUACAGGUAUUAACCAGGGCAUCCUGUAGUGGUAGAACAAGAAGGGAACACAUGAUCAUUCCACACUCUGCAUGCGAAGAGCACACAAGCCGGACAGGAGGGACUACAGACGGUAUUGUGUGGCCUUGAAGCAAGGUCGCGUAAAACGUGUACAUAGAAGGGGUAGCCCUAUCUCUAGCCUUGCAGUCGAUAAUCGUCUCAGUAAUAAUCUCACUCGCGAAUGUUUUUUGCAUAGAGCAGACAUAGCCCACGUGUACUGCUGGUGGCGAAUAUGUAUGCAAUCAUUGUGUCAUAGAAGAAAACUUAUGGCCUUCUCAGCCUUCAACGAUAUAGUUCUUCUUUUCUUAGGAGUUUUUAGGGGCAAGAUACAACUUAAUAUAUAUACAUGUUUACCGGGUACGCUGUUAUAUACCACUGUUAGUUGGGGAUGUGCCAGGGGGGUGGUACGUGUUUCAUGAAGACAAGCUAGUAAUAUUGCUACAGCGGUUCUGCACCUGAUGCUUAUCAUGAUCUUUUGUGUGUAACAAACGUUUGUAUGUGAGUCUGCAUCUUCAGAUAAGGCAAAAAAAGAAAAAAAAGAAACAGGUUUUCUUGCAAUAUGCGCGCAAACCUCUCUAAAUGAAUGUGUGUGGUGCCUUGUAUCGGCCACUUGAGGAAACAAAAAAAAGGAUUACAAUUCCAAAUAACAGCACUGCCGGCAUGAAGCCAUUCAUAUCACCACCUAUCUUAAUCAUCCAUCUUAAUCCUAGCACCUGUAUUACACUGGAAAUUUAUCAAUCUGUGACAACGACAAAAUAUGCGGGUGCAGAAACCACUGCGAUGCCUACUAUCUAGUGUUAGCUGUACUGUCGAAAGCGUUUUAGUAAACGCAACAUUUUGAGAGGAUAACUGGCUUGUCUGCUGCAUCAGUUUCGUUUUAGAACUGUGCCAUUGUUCUAUCUGCUGUGUAUAGUAAGUAGCAGUUCAAUGUAGUAUACAUACACAGAGCUGGUGCCAUAGCAUAGGGGCUUGGCUGCCCUUCCAAGCUUUUCUCGAUAACGGUAACAUCCGCUUUUUUGAAAUCUCAUCUUUUAAAAAAUUGCAUUUUGCUUUGACGCUGCUGUGUAUUGAGUUGGGCUCGUCGAAGCCAACAGGGCUUUUUUUUUUAAUGCAUAUUUGUGGCUCUGUUAAUGACUGUGGACUUCAGUUUUUGCAUUUCUGACGUAUUAGCGAACCGCUUCUUUGAGAGUUUGUAUGUAGUCUUGUUGCUUUGUUGGAGCUGAAUGUAUAAACAAUAACUACGAGAAUUACAUUCCCGAGGAGUAUCGUAACUAUAUGCCUAUCAGUGUUUAGAAGAGGUCGAAUUUGUUAGUGCACACCAUAUAGUUGCUAGUAGGCCCAUAGUCACGUGCUGUCGUCAAUGCUCAGCAGUUGAGGACUGUCAGUAAUUCUUGUUCACAGGAAUGGUUUCUCCUUUAUUGUCUACACCAAUUGGAGGCAUUCAUUCACAAUGAGGUUUCUCCUGGGUUGCAGAAAAGAGAAGCUUUUGUUUUUAUGCGUUUUCAGGUUCCGGUCAUGUCGCUAAACUAUUGGACAAAUGUACAAUAGCGUUUUUGAUAAUAAAGUUUUCUUUUUUGUUCUAAA